AUGGGCAAGAGAGAUCCCAAAACUGCUGCCUACAUGACAAACGGGACCAAUACAACAGGCAAGAAGACCCAUGAAGGUCACAAGACAACCGCCGCAACGAUCGCGAAAGUAGCUGCGGCUCAGGAGGAAGUCAAGCAAUCCCUCGAACCCCUUGGAAAGUCUGAACAACCACCGAAGGCCCCACCGAAGGAUCUGAAGAAGCUUCUCAAAGGACAGCAGCCACCUUUUGGAGGAAGGUCAAACAUGUCCCCAGGCGCUUCACAAACAGCGACAGCUAUUCAACGCAUUGCCGAGAAUGGGGCACCACCAUUAAAGCUCAGUACCAAUCCUUCUGGCCAGUCGUCAAAACCGCGUAAAGGGAGUUCGAAGUCUUCAAAAUCUGCUUCCAAGUCGUCGACAUCUUUGAACUCAGUCUCGCCCUCUUCGGUCAGGCACCAUUCAUCUCCGUCAUCCCCCGGUUCUGAGAACGCCCCUCCUCUUCCCCAACGACCCCGUCCACAACGUUCUUCUUCUGCUGAAGGUGCCAGCUUGCUUAGUAUUGUGAAGAAGGGAAAGGAACAGAUUCAAUCAGAUGGAUCAAAAGUCGCGAAGUUCUUCGGCAAGAAAUCUCAUGAGGCCUGGGACAAGAUAAAGAAGCAGAAGGAAAAGGAGUCAAAAUCACAAAAGUUUGUGUGUGAAAGAAGAGACACGAGCAAUGAUAUCGAUGUCUUCGGUAUGGAGUUGAAGGAUGCGGUUUUGAAAACCAGAGUAGCGAACGAUAGGAAGAUGGUUGGUGAUGGCGCGUAUUGGAUGCCUGCUUUGGCUUAUAGAUGUUUACAAUAUCUAAACGUUCAUGGACCGCACGAGCUGGGUAUUUAUCGGAUAUCCGGGAGCACAUCUGUGGUGGAUGAGCUAAGGGCGGAUUUCAAGAUUCAUCACGAUAUCGAUCUUUUUGAUAAUCCCCCGGAUGAUCUCCAUACAGUCUCUUCUUUAUUGAAGGGUUGGUUUAGGUCCCUACCUGAAGCUAUUCUUCCCAAUGAUGUCCAGAAGCGUGUCUACGAAAAGUGUAAGGACAUGACAGAUGCUAUUAAACCACCGCAAGCCUUUGUGGACGAGCUGUCCAACCUCCCACCAUACAACUACUAUCUCCUUCAUCAUCUCUUCUCGCAUUUGAGCGCCAUUUGCGGCGCAUCAGAUGUGAACAAGAUGGGUCUUGCUAACCUUGGCAUGAUAUUCUGCUCAACCCUUCGAAUUGAUCGAUUCUGCUUCAAUUGGCUAGUCAAUAGCUGGUCGGACUGUUGGGCGGGCUGCUUGACUGAGGAAGAGGAAUAUGAAAGGACUCUUCCGCCACCACCACGCCGCAAUCCUUCGAUUACAUCGUCAGCUUCUCACAAUUACAAUCGUUACAACCAGUCUUCGCCCAUCCCCUCAGAACCUAGAUCAAGGUCAGCUGGUCGUGCCGAUACCAUGCCUAAUAGCAGCGUAGAUCGUUGGCCAUCAAAUGGGUCAAGCAAUCGUCAGCUUUCUAAUAAAUCCCCCGUCCUAUCAUCAGGCCGGAGUAGAUCUACAAGCAAGGCUGGUACAGAUCGUCUGAUAGAGGCCGAAAAGGAUCUAGAACGGGAAAUCCGGAGACGGAGAGAUCAAGACAUGGCAAUGUCUCGUGAGAGAUCAAAAGAAACCCAACGUUCCAAAACAGAUUUAUCUGAAUAUGAGGAUUGGAAAGAUGCUCUAGAAAACGUCCCCCCUUCUAGUACACCAACCCCACCUCCGUUCGUACCUCGCCACCCGACUCCCCCUAUGAACGGUAAAAAGGAAAAGCCAAGAGCAAGAUCACCAGAGGGUUCAAGAAGCGCUAUCCGUAUGCAAGACAUUGAGGAGUUGAAUAAACUCGCUCUUCGAAAGAAGGAUAUUGAUGAGAUAAGCAACCUUCGCAUCGAAACCAAUACCAAUUUUCAGCCUCCUAGAUCACCGGCUGGGAAAUCACCAGGUGGAAAGUUCUCAAUUCAUAGCAAUCAGUCUGAUCAACUCAGUUUAAAUGUGGAGACAGGAUGUACCCCGAGAGGAAGCAUCAGCAGCGAGCGCAAUGGAAAAAACUCGGGGAAAAACUCCCCAGCAAUGUUGGGGAUGCCAUUACCGAGGAUUGAGCCGAUUAGCCCUAUGUUGAAGGAGGGAGGAAUGCUUUGA